AUGACAAAACGGAAAAACCAACCCUCGAACAACACGUCAUCUGAUCCAAAUCAUCAUCAUGAUCCAACGAACCCAAACGAAAUCAUCAUCAUUGACAACAAGUAUCAGUUUAGAAAAUCGGAUACAUUGGGAAGAGGAGGAUACGGAGUUGUGUAUAAAGGAUUUAGAUCGAGUUUUGGGGAUAUGGUGGCCAUAAAAGAGAUUCCUCUCAAAAAGCAUCAAGCUCUCAAAGACAUUCAAAAUGAAAUUAAUUUAUUAUCCAAACUUGAUCAUGAAAGAAUUGUAAAAUAUAUUGAUCACCAUUCGACGAAUCAGGCAUUUUACAUCAUCAUGGAAUAUUUAGAAAAUGGUAGCUUGGCAUCUCUAGUGAAAAAAUACAAGGUCACAGAAGAUGUUGUUUCUUCAUAUAUUAAACAAGUUUUAGAGGGACUUGUGUACUUACACAAACAAGGAUUUAUUCACAGAGAUAUUAAAGGUGACAAUGUGCUGUUAACACGAGGUGGUGCUGUAAAGUUAGCAGAUUUUGGUGUUUCUGCCUCCUUGUCAUUGAUAAGAAAAGAAGACGUCUCAGGAACGCCACAUUGGAUGGCUCCUGAAGCCAUCUCACAAUCUGGAGUGAGUGAAAAGAGCGAUAUUUGGUCUGUUGGAUGUCUCACUAUUGAACUUUUAACAGGAUUCCCACCAUACUACACAGAAAAUAUUUACAGAGCCAUGUUUCGAAUUGUAAACGACGAUCAUCCUCCAAUUCCUUCUUGUUCAUCUGCAGCUGAGGAUUUUUUAAUGUUAUGCUUUAAAAAGGAACCCAAGUUCAGACCCACAGCUCAAACAUUAUUGAGUCAUCCAUGGAUCGCCAAAAAACAAGAAAAAGAAAAUCAAGUACCUUCAUUCAUUAACAGAUCAAGUUUUGAUAGUGAUUUUUCAUUUGACAGUUGGUCCUCUCUUCCUUCAAAGGAAAAGAAAAUGCCAACCAUGAAAACUGUGACAGAGGUCAAUGGAAAAGUGAAUUUGGAAAAAUUUAAAGAAGGAUCUUCUGACGACGAUAUUGACUUUGAAAUUAACACAUCAACCCUUGGAGAUGGAUUGGAGUUGAAACCUCAUUUGCUAAAGAGCGAAAGCAAUUCUUCUCAAACCUUUGAAAGCUGGGAUGAUAUUGAUUUUAAGGUGGACAAAGUAGCAGAAAUACAAACAAUUUUAGAUGAACAUAUUUCAAAACUAUCCCCAAAUCAUUCGCCGGAUGAAAUUUUAAAAACAUGUGCAGACAUAUCAAAACUCAAAUCCCUGGCUGAUAACGACGAUUUUAUUGCAGCUCUCAACAGAACGUUAUCAAAAAGAAGUUUAAUUUCAGUAUUGCAGAUUUUAGACAAGACUGAAUUUUUAGAAGAGGAAACAGUGAUUACGUAUAUUCUGCAGUUAUUGAACGAACUAUUAUCCAUGAUUGAGCCGCAAUAUAAGGAACAAUUGUGCCUCAUUGGCGCGUUUCCCAAAGUCACAAAAUUGAGUUCAAAUUCCUUUAGCGCCCAAUUAAGGUAUGAGUCCAUUCGAUUCUUACACAGCAUGUGCAUUGAAAACAAGACAAAUCUGAGAAUGUUUAUUGCCAGUGAAGGGGUGAAAACUCUUGUGAAAUUUUUGAACACUAAAAAAACACAAGACACCACAAGAUUUCUUCCCAAACUGGCUUUCAGUAGUAGUAUUGAUUCUUCAGAUAAUAUUCAAAUCAAAACUGUGUUUCAAUCCAUUGACUUGAUCGAAAUGGUAUUGAAACUUCAAACCUCUCAAACAGAUAGAAAUGAUUUUUGUAGACUGUUCUCGAUGCAUGAUUUUUUGGGAAAGAUUGCUGCCGUGUUUACCAACUUUUUAGAGGACUUUAGAGAUGUAGAGACUUUUUUAGGAAUUGCUCCUCUUUCUAUUACAUCACCUUCUUUCAAAACAGUAGUACUUUCCAAACAAUUGGCUUUUCUCAAAAGUGAAGACAAUGAUGAUGAAAAUGCUUUUUCAACAGUCAAGGUCAUACCAAAAAAUCAAAAUACUGAUCAUAAUGUCAAGAAGGAACAACAAACUACAACAUUGAGUAGCUCUGAUGAUGAAGAUUCGUCCGAUGAUGAUUGGGAUUCAUCCAGUUCAUCGAGCGAUGACAUGAAAUUUAGCACUGUUAUUUAUGGAGGAGAUGAAGAUAAAGACUCUUCAAGUGAUGAUGAUGACGAGGACGACAACAAUAGUUUACCUACUACGGUAAUUAUCAAACAAAAUUCCAAAAACGUCAACUUUUCAGAGGAGAGAAAGAACUUGAAUCUACUCAAAACCUACAUUGACAAGAUCAUCUCAAUGCUCUUAAUGUUUUCGGAUGGUGACAGUGAAAUUCAUGUUGCAUUUUCUAACAAGACAGUCAUUGAUAAUUUAGUGGCUUCAUUCAAAUAUUUGAGUGAUUCUCAAAAGAGUCAAGUGAUCACAUCCCUAAGAUUUUUAGCUUUUAAUACCAAUACUCACGAGUUACUUACCUCUACAAAUAUUCUCAAUGCUCUCGUUAAAGAAUUUUCACUGGUUGUGUAUCGAUCGGAUGUAAAAGUCUUGGAAAGUGUGAACUCCAAAAUUUACAACCAAGUUGUGAACAGUUUGUAUUCUCUUUGUGUGUUUAACGAGCAACGACUCGAUGAAAUUUCUCUUCAUGGAUGUAUUGAACUUUUGAGUCAUGCUGUCAUGUCCCAGUUACCACUUAAAGAAAUGGUGUUAAGAUUACUUUUUGGAAUGGCUGUUAGAAAUUGCAGUAAUGAAACAAAAAAGAGAUUAUUGGAAGAGAAUGGACUUGAGGCAUACUUCUUUAUAUUAAGGCAUGAUAAGGCAUGGGUUGCAGAUGUCUUCUCUGCCCUCAGCUCGCUUUUAUAUAAUGAAUUUAUCAAGUACGAUGUAGAGAAUUCAAUUUCGAAUCAUUUGGACAUAUUCGUCCAACUCUUUGAAGUUUCAAAAGAUUUACUAUUGACUAUUGAAUCCACAGUUCCAGGAUUUGUGACAUUGUUGAAACUCUCUGACAAUAUCACAAGUGUAUGCAAACAAAAUUUGGACCUCAUUACCAAUUUAUGUCAAAGUCUCUCAGCUGUAGUUCAGAAUUAUUCCUCGUUAGAUGAAGAUACAGAUCUCUCUCCAUUACUCAGAAACUUUUUGUACAGCUUGUCAUUGCUACUGCCUGAAAAUAGUGCCUUAACACAAACUGUGACUGAUAUUGCUUCUCGUUCCUUGUCAGAAUUGCUCGAAUAUGCACAACACAAGAAUCUCUAUGUUAUACAGGAACAAAUUACUCCCCUUUUAAAAUCUGUGAAAACUCAAAAAAAGAGGGAGUAA